UUGCGCCCCUUUCUCUUGCCCAACACGCCCGUGUCGACACCAAAUAAAAUAAUAUACAUAUUUGUAUAUAUCUAUAUAUCUUCUUCCUUUACUGUAAUGGAUUUUUGUUAUUAAGUGCGAAUUCUGCAGAGAAAGAAGGAGAGAUGUUGAGGAAUUCGUUAAGAAAGGGGGUUAGAGCUUCUGGAGCUCAAAGGUACAGAGGAUUUUCUGCUCAGACAGGAAGAUUAGAAGGGAAGGUAGCGGUUAUCACCGGCGCGGCGACCGGAAUCGGAAAGGAGGCGGCGGCGAGGUUUAUUAAAAACGGCGCUAAGGUUGUCCUGGCCGACAUCCAGGUCGCCGCCGGCAGGGAUGCCGCCGCCGAGCUCGGCGGCGGCGCGGACUUCGUCGCCUGUGACGUCACCAAGGAAGAGCAAGUGUCGAACGCUUUGGAUUUCGCGGUCGCCAAACACGGCCGUGUUGACGUCAUGUACAACAACGCCGGCGUUCCCUGCCGGACGCCGCCGAGCAUCGUCGACCUCGACAUGGCGGCGUUCGAGCGCGUGAUGGCGGUGAACGUCCGCGGGGUGGUGGCCGGAAUCAAGCACGCGACACGUGUCAUGAUCCCAUUGGGCAAGGGCGUGAUCCUCUGCACCGCCAGCGUGACGGGGAUUAUGGGCGGCUUGGCUCAGCUCACCUACUCGGCUUCGAAGAGCUGCGUAAUCGGAAUCGUGAAAUCGGCGGCGGCCGAGCUCAGCCGCCACGGGAUUCGGAUCAAUUCCAUCUCUCCGAUGGCGAUUCCGACGGCCUUCGCCGUCGACGAGAUGAAGCUGUACUAUCCCGGCGCCGAUCCGGCUCGGCUCGCACAGAUGGUCCGCGAUUUGAGCGCGCUGAAAGGCGCCGCCUGUGAGCCGUCCGAUGUUGCUGACGCGGCGGUUUAUCUAGCGUCCGAUGAAGCCAAGUUCGUCAGCGGCCAUAACCUUGUAGUUGACGGCGGUUUCACGGCGUUCAAGACGUUAACUCUGCCGGCGCCAGGAACUAUUUAACGGGCCAUCUAAAUUGGGUCGGCCCAAUACUUUUAUCGCUGUUUUAAUUUGGGCCUAUAAGCCCAAUAGUUGGAAUAAUAGGUAAAAUUCUAAAAGAUAUAUUUAUUUGAUAUAAAUAAGUCAUUUAACCCGAAUA